AGUAGAGAUUGAUCAAAAUAGGUUAGUCGGGUCUGAGCUUGGUACCGAAACAUAGAAACUUGUGUACAUUUAGGCAUUCCAAUUAAAAAUAAAAGUAUUUGCUAGAAAUUAACUAAGAGAACUAAAUAAAAUGUUUUUGUUUCUUCAAUGUAUUUUUGGAGUAUUGGUCUGGAAUGUUUAUUGCGAUAAUCCAGAAGAAAACUCAAUAGUGGAUUUAUCAUGGGGAAUCGAUGAAAAUACUGUUUAUUGGCCUGGUAACAGAAAAUUUGAAUUUACCAAAGUAAAAAUUGGUAGUAUUGAAAGUAAUGGGUACUGGUUCUCCGCUAAGGAAUUUUGUAUGGCAGAACAUGGAGGAACACAUUUGGAUGCACCUCGUCACUUCGAUAAAGAUGGUUGGACUGUCGGACAAAUACCCUUUAGUCGAUUUAAUGGUUUUGGUGCCCUCAUCGACGUUUCGGAAGAAGUAGAAGCUCAGGGACCAAACUUCACCGUUCAGGUUCGUCACUUGGAGGAAUGGAAAAGCAAACAAACCGAAACGCCCGACCAAGUCGUGCUUUUAGUUCGAACUGGAUGGCACAAGAAAUAUAACAACGAAACCGAAUAUUUAGGAUCAGAUGGAAACGGAAAUUUACAUUUUCCUGGAAUUUCAAAGGAAGCCGCUGAAUGGAUUGUAGCUCAAAAAAAUAUUGUGGGGGUCGGUAUUGAUACGGCCAGCUUGGAUCAAGGCAUUUCUAAAACCUUCCUUGCACAUCAAGCUAUACUAAAGAAUAAAAUUUAUGGUAUAGAAAAUCUAAAUUUUCCAGAAAACGCAUUUGGGGAAAAAUUUCAUGUGUAUGUGUUGCCAAUAAAACUAAUGGGAGGUACAGGAGGACCUGUUCGAGUUUUUAUCAUAAAUCAAAAGAAAUGAACAUGUAUAACGUACUAUAUUAAUACUUUUAAUUGCUAUUAAAAGUAUUUUUGUGUAAAUUAUAUAUGUGUGUGUUAUGUAGCUUAUAAUAUUUAAAUAAAUAAUGAAUUCACAAAA